CUCAACCGCCGGAACUCAGUGGUGACGAUGUCCCCGAUGAUUGAGAUGGGAGAACAUCGCCAGGGGCGGAAACGGAGUGUGUCUCCCACCCCGGAGACGGAGCUACGAUCCCAUCCCCUCAGCAACGGGUAUACCAAUCAUGUUCUGGACCCAACAAUAGCCCCUGUUGCUGAGAACCUCAUCAACAAAAUGUUACCCAAAGAGCUCUUGUUGAAAGUGUUCUCGUUCCUUGACAUCGUCACUCUAUGCAGGUGCGCUCAGGUCUCGAGGGAAUGGAAUCUCUUAGCAAUGGACGGCAGCAAUUGGCAGAAUAUUGAUUUGUUCAGUUAUCAAAAGGACAUAAAUUGUGACGUCGUCUCCUACAUCGCUGGUCGCUGUGGGAGGUUCCUAACAGUGAUCAGUCUCAGAGGAUGCGAGGACAUCUCAGGCGAAGCCUUGAUUCAAUUUUCGGAACACUGCCCCAAUAUAGAGAAGGUAGUUUUGUCCUGUUGUCGGAAAAUAACAGAUGAUGCAAUCGUUGCCCUGGCCAAAGCAUGUCGCCGCUUGCACUCGUUGUACAUCGAUUCCUGCGUCGAGUUGACGGAUCGCUCGAUUAUGUCGUUCAAAAAUUUGAGAGACGUCAAUAUCUCAUGGUGCAGAAAAAUAACACAAGAAGGCAUCGGAAUGCUGGGAAGCGAACACUUGGUCCGCUUCACGGCUAAGGGUUGUGCUGGCGUUACAAACGAGGCGAUGUCGCGUCUCGCGAGCUCAUCGCCGAAGCUCGAGGCACUCGACCUGCAGUGCUGUCCCUAUGUCUUCGAUGCCGCCAUCAUCGCAGUGGCGCAGAACUGUCACGAGCUGCGAAAUCUCUGCGCGUCGGGCUGCUCGAACCUCACAGACGCCUCCACUCAAGCCUUGGCGCAAGGCUGUCCCAAACUGCACACGUUAGAAAUGGCUAGCUGCAACCGAUGCGGAGACGCCGGCUUCGUUCCACUGGUUAAAGCCUGUCACGAGUUACGUCGUUUAGACCUGGAAGAAUGCGUUCUUAUCACUGAUAGCACGCUCAACAGUAUAGCUUUGUCCUGUCCGUUCAUGGAUAGUUUAUCGCUUUCCCACUGUGAUCAGAUAACCGACCAAGGGGUAUUGAAACUCUCGCAGAACUUACUCAGACUCACGGUUAUUGAGCUGGACAACUGCCCCUUCAUCUCUGACAUAACUCUCGAUUGCCUGGUCGAUUGCUUCCCGGCGUUGCAACGAGUCGAACUGUACGAUUGUCAGCUGAUCACACAGGAAUCGAUAAAGAAAUUCAAGGAGCGGAGGCCCGGGCUCAGACUCCACACGUACUUCGCUCCAACUACUCCUCAGCAGACGGAGCCGCCUGGGGGAGUGAGACAGCGAUACUGCAGGUGCUGUGUUAUAGUUUGA